AUGGCGGAGCUGACAGACGCGGAGCUCCGGAAGGAGCUGUUAGAGCUCGGUUACCAGCCGGGGCCCAUCACCGCCACCACCCGCAAGGUCUACAUCAAGAAGCUGGGAUGCCUGCGGGCCGAGGUAGCGGCGGCGAAGCGCAGAGGCCGCGGCGCGCCGCCGAGCCCGGCCCGCACCCCUGUCAAGCCACAGCAGGCCUCGCCCUCCCGGCAGCGCUCCGGCUUCAACCUCGGCCACGUCGGGGCCACCCGCGACAGUGAGGAGGAAGAUGAGGAUGAGGAGGAAGAGGAGGAAGGGGGGCAGCUGCCCGCGUCCCGCUGGGGGACGUCUGGAGAGGGCGAUGGGCUGUCCUGGGCGGGCUCCCGAGGGUCUCCCCCGGGCCGGAGCGGAGGACUGAGCUCCAGGACUGAGGGAGGCCUGUCUCGAGACAGUUUUGGGGGGCUGAGUACCUCGGCGCAGUGGGGGACGUCGGUAGAAAGAAGUGGAGGGGCCAGGGAUGGGCUGGGGUCAUCUGUGAGCGGGCUUGGCGGGCUGAGCUCCCCUUCCCAGUGGGAUACAUCCAUACAGAGAAGUGGGGGGCUUGGGGGAGGGCUGAACCCCCCAUCCCAAUGGGACACGUCUGCUCAGAGAAGCAGGGGGCUCAGCACUGGGCUGGGGCCGUCCCUGGAUGGGCUUCGGGGCUCCUCAUCACAGUGGGGCGCAGCAGCAGAGAGAAGUGGGGGGCUCAGCAGUGGCUUGAGGCCGUCUCUGGACAGGUUUUGGGGAUCAAACUCCACAUCCCAGUGGAGCCAGUCUGCAGACAGAAGUGGGGGGCUCAGCGGUGUGGCUGGGUCAGGGACAUCCCUGGAUGGGGCUGGGAGGCUGAGCUCCAUGUCCGCCUGGGGCACCUCUGCAGGCAGGAGCGGAGGGCUCAGCUCCAAGCCCCUUACCAGUGAAGAGAGUGGGGGCCUGAAGGCCAGGAGCUACUGGGGCUCGUCAGGAGGUGGAAGUGGGGGGCAGAGCUCCCGAGCACAGUGGGAGACAGCGGGGGAGAGGAAGAGGCUCUUCUCCAACAGCUGGUGGAGGCGGGAGGGGGAGGUGACCCCCAGCACCCACUGGGGCACCUCGGCGGCACCCGCGGGGUUAAGUCACCGCUUUGGGAGGGGGAAGGAGGAUUUGGCUGCCGAUGUUCGGAAGGAGGCAGACAAGGACCUGAACCCCAGCAGCUGGGGAGCGGGAUUGAUCCGGCGGCUCCCCUGGAGGACUAGGAGAGACCCGGGGCAGGGGGUGACCGCCCGCCCUCACUUGUUGCGGACAGCUCCCAAGCAGCAGGCAGGAGGCGAGGCCAAAGGCUUUGAGUACUACCUCUCCCAGUUCCUCUUCCUUGCCAGCUUUGUGCUGCUGAUGAUUUUUCUGGGCAUCCUCGUGGUGAAGAUGAUUGGCUCAGGCUGGCUCGACAGGAGAGAGGAGAGCUUUAAUCUCUUGCCUGUGGACUGUAAUGAGAAGACAGACAAGUUCUGCCAAAGCAAGCAGAAGGACAGGGUCAUGAACAUGCUGCAUGAGCUCUACAACUACCUGUCUGUGCAGGCUGGUAAUUUUGAAUGUGGCAACCCUGAGAAUCUCAAAAGCAAAUGCAUUUGGGUUAAUGAAGCCAAGGAGCACAUGAUGAACAUCACUGGGAGCUCCCCACAGAGGUUUGAGGAUGCCCUGCACUGGAUCCUGAACAGUAACAAGGAUUUGGGAAUACGGUUGAAAAGCAGAGACCUUUUGGAAGAGGUGAGCAGAGUGGAGGAAGUGUUCUGCUUGGAGUCAGCUCACCCUCAGAUGGGGCUGGGCUGCCGCUUCCGCCGGGCCGUGGUCACUGCCAUCACCAACCUGUUCCUCUUCUUCUGGUGCCUGAUCACCCUCUGGGGCAUCCUCCUCUUCCUGCGGUACCGCUGGCGGAAGAUGGAGGAAGAGGAGCAGGCCAUGUAUGAGAUGGUGAAGCAGAUCAUAGCUGUCGUCCAGGACCACUACAAGGAGUGGGAGCGGAACCUGGAGCGUUACCCUUACGUUGGCAUCUUCCAUGUCCGGGACAGCCUCAUCCCUCCCCAGAGCAGGAAGAAGAUGAAGCGAGUGUGGGAGCGAGCUGUGGACUUCCUGGCUUCCAAUGAGUCCAGGAUCCAGACAGAGUCCCACAGGGUGGCAGGAGAAGACAUGCUGGUGUGGAGAUGGACUCAGCCUUCUUACCUCUCGGAUUCAGAGCAUUGAAGAGGAGCAGAAGUUGAGCAACCACUGCUGAGGACCUCUGCGAGGGGACAGCUCCUCUCUGGUGGUGGGAAGGAGCAGGGCACAGUCCCCACCUCCUAGG